CGGCGGAGCGGAGGACGCGCGCACAGCGGAUCCACGGCACACAGAGGACACGAGAACCCCCACACACGAGAACCCCCACACAGGAGAACCCCCACACAGGAGAACCCCCCCCACAGGAGAACCCCCCACUCAGACCCCAGUGGGACUGCAGCACCGAUGGUGCAGAAAACAGCUGACACAGCUGGAGUUAAUCUGCACAAGGACAGAAAACACCGACAUCGAACCAACAACAAACUCCCAACACUGGAUCUGUUCCAGCGGUUCAGUACCUUCAACAGAGGAAGAUGAACUGGGGUUUCCUGGAGAACGUCCUCAGCGGGGUGAACAGGUACUCGACGGUCAUCGGUCGGAUCUGGCUGUCGGUGGUCUUCCUGUUCCGGAUCCUGGUGUACGUGGCGGCGGCCGAACAGGUGUGGAAGGACGAGACCAAGGACUUCGUGUGCAACACCCGUCAGCCGGGCUGCGAGAACGCCUGCUUCGACCACUUCUUCCCGGUGUCGCAGGUGCGUCUGUGGGCCAUGCAGCUGAUCAUGGUGUCCACGCCGUCGCUGCUGGUGGCGCUGCACGUGGCCUACAGGGAGCACCGCGAGGCCAAGCACAAGAAGAAGCUGUACGCCGACAAAGGCAGCAUCGACGGAGGCCUGUUCUGCACCUACAGCCUCAGCCUGCUCUUCAAGACCGCCUUCGAGGUGGGCUUCCUGCUGGCCUUCUACUUCCUGUACGGGGGCUUCCAGGUGCCCAUGUUACUGCGCUGCAGCCAGAGCCCCUGCCCCAACACGGUGGACUGUUACAACGGCAGAGCCACCGAGAAGAAGGUGUUCGUCUACAUCAUGGGCUGCACCUCCAUCCUCUGCAUCGCCCUGAAUGUCACCGAGUUUUUCUACAUCGUGUGGAAGCAGCUGUGGAAGAGUUUCAGGAAGCGCUACACGCCCGUCCACGACAAGACGCACGGGCCGAGUCGCAGCCACACCCCUGUUUCAUUUGUCAACAAGUCUGUGUACGCCAACGAACCCACAGCAAACACGGAGGCGGAGCCUGAACAGCUGACACGCACCGAAGGAAACCAGCCGGUCCGGUCCUGAAGGCACCUCAGGUCCGGUCCUGAAGGCACCGCAGGUCCGGUCCUGAAGGCACCUCAGGUCCGGUCCUGAAGGCACCGCAGGUCCGGUCCUGAAGGCACCUCAGGUCCGGUCCUGAAGGCACCGCAGGUCCAGUUCAUCCACAGGUGAAAAACCACAGGACAUUUAGAAGAACGGCUCCGUUUACAGGAACACAUGAACGCAUCAGUACACCACUGUUACAAAGGAAAACAGGAGGGAAUGGGGUCAAACAUAUGGUCCAGGGACCAAAACCAGCCCCCCAAAGGGUCCAGUCUGGUCCACCAAAGGGUCCAGUCUGGUCCAUGGAAUGAAUCUGUGAAAUGCAAAAUUCCAUACAGAUAAAAUAAU